GAAGAACAGACCAAAAAGAGAGACCAGAAGAACGACAAUAAGAAGAAGAAUAAGAACAAGAAGAAGGGCAAAGGAAAGGGAGACUGGAGCGACGACGAUAGCGAUGUGGAGGACAAGCCGAAGGGCAAGAAAGGAGGAAUAGAAGAAGACAGCGAUAAGGAGGACAAACCAGCGAAAACGGGGGCGAAGCAACAGCAGAAGAAGGAGAAGAAGAAAGGGAAGAAGGGGAAGAAGGACGACGGGUGGUCGGACGACGAGGACGAGGAGAGGAAGCUGGCCGAGAAGAUGAUCGGGCUCGGCGUCCAGGACGAGGAGAGCGAGGACGAGGGGGACGAGAUGAUGAUGAUGACGAAGGCGAAGCUGGGGAAGAAGCAGAAGAAGGAGAAGAAGAAGAAGAAGUUCGAGGAGGACGAGGACGAGGAAGACGAGGAUUUGUCGGAGGAGGACGAGGGGGAUGACGAGGAGGAAGAGGUAGUAAAGAAGGGGGAUAAGAACAAGAAGAAACAACAGAAGAAGAACGAGAAGGUGAAGAACAAGUUUGCGAUGUUGGACGACGACGACGAUGAGGACAUGGAAGACGAGGACGAGGAGGACGAGGCCGAGAAGAAGAAGGAAGAGGAGAAGAAGAAGAAGGAAGAGGAAGAAAAGAAGAAGAAGGAAGAGGAAGAGAAAAAGAAAGCAGAUGAGGAGAGAAAGAAGAAAGAGGAGGAGGAAAAGGCAAAGAAGGAAGAGGAGGAGAAGGAGAAAAUGGAAGAGGAGGAAGAGGAAGAGGCAGAAGAGGAGGAGGAAACAGAGGAAGAGAAGCUAAAGAGGAAAAAGAAAGAAGAGAAGGAGGCUCUGUCGAAGCUCUCCCACAAGGAGCGCAAGAAGAUGAAGCAGCAGUUGGAAUACCAGCGGCAGAUGGAGGCCAUGCUGAAGAAGGGCGGCCACGGCACCUCCUCCCUCGACGACACCUUCUCCGUGUCACAGGCGCAGAAGUCCGACAAGCAGCAGAGCCAGAUGGAGGGGGCAGUUGACAUUAAGAUCGACAGCUUCAACAUCUCGGCCAAGGGUAAACCACUGUUCACGAAUGCCUCCCUACUCAUCGCCAAUGGAAGGAGAUACGGUUUAGUUGGUCCUAAUGGGCACGGCAAGACCACCCUCCUGCGGCACAUCCAGUCGAGAGUGCUCAGCAUUCCUCCAAACAUUGACGUUCUCUACUGUGAACAGGAAGUCAUUGCAGAUGACACGCCCGCCAUUGAUGUGGUUCUGCAAGCGGACAAGAAGCGGCUGGAUCUCAUCAAGCGCAGGGACCAGCUAGAGGCCGACAUGAAGAAGAAGAGCAAAAACGUGGACAUGGACGAGCUUCAGGAGAUCUACGACGAGCUCAAGGCCAUCGAUGCCGAUAAGGCCGAGCCCAAGGCCAGGAGAAUCUUAGCUGGUCUGGGCUUCACGCGAGAAAUGCAGGGCCGUGCCACCAAAAAUUUCUCCGGAGGCUGGCGAAUGAGGGUGUCUCUGGCCAGGGCCCUCUUCAUUGAACCCACGCUGCUCAUGCUCGACGAACCUACCAACCACUUGGAUCUCAAUGCCGUCAUCUGGCUUGAUAAUUACCUGCAGGGAUGGAAGAAGACCCUCCUGGUAGUUUCUCACGACCAGUCUUUCCUCGACAACGUGUGCACAGAUAUUAUUCACUUAGACCAAUGUAAACUUCACUACUAUAAGGGAAAUUAUUCUAUGUUCAAGAAGAUGUUGGUGCAAAAGAGAAGAGAGCAACUGAAGGCCUAUGAAAAGCAGGAGAAGAGAAUCAAGGAGAUGAAGUCUUCGGGAGCCACAAAGAAACAAGCCGAGAAGAAGUCGAAGGAGGCGCUGACUCGCAAGCAGGAGAAGAACCGGGCCAAGAGCAAGAAGAACGAAGACGACGACGGCCCCACGGAGCUGUUGGAGAAGCCGCAGGAGUACAUCGUGAAGUUCAAAUUCCCCGAGCCGCCCCCGCUGCAGCCGCCGAUCCUCGGUCUCUAUAACGUCAGCUUUUGGUACCCCGGCCACAAGCCCUUGUUUAAGGAGGUCGACUUCGGUAUCGACAUGGACAGCCGAGUGGCCAUCGUCGGCCCCAACGGCGUGGGCAAGUCGACGUUCCUGAAGCUGCUAGUGAGCGACCUGACCCCCAUGGAGGGCGAGGUGCGCAAGAACCACCGCCUCAAGAUCGGCCGCUACGACCAGCACUCCGGCGAGCACCUGACGGCCGAGGAGUCGCCGUCCGAGUACCUCAUGCGGCUGUUCAACCUGCAGUACGAGAAGGCGCGGAAGGCCCUGGGCACGUUCGGGCUGGCGUCCCACGCGCACACCAUCAAGAACAAGGAUCUCUCGGGAGGGCAGAAGGCGCGCGUGGCCCUGGCCGAGCUCUGCCUGUCCUCGCCCGACGUGCUCAUCCUCGACGAGCCCACCAACAACCUCGACAUCGAGAGCAUCGACGCCCUCGCCGAGGCCAUCAGCGAGUUCCAGGGCGGCGUGAUCAUCGUGUCGCACGACGAGCGCCUCAUCCGCGACACGGACUGCACGCUGUGGGUCAUCGAGGAGCAGACCAUCAACGAGAUCGACGGCGGCUUCGACGACUACCGCAAGGAGCUGCUGGAGGAGCUGGGCGAGGAGAUCAACAACCCCAGCAUCUCCGCCCACAACGCGGCCGAUCUAUAAGCUCGGCCUCGUAGCCACGUGACCAAGGGCUUUCUUAGGCUUUUUCUCAUUAUUCGGAGGACGAGGUAAUCAAUGGAAUUCGGCGGUGGUAUUAGAUAUAUUUUAUUUUUCUCAGAGAGUGUUACUUCUUUCGAAGAUUUAACGCAUUUCCAGUGACACGCAUGCUAUUCCUGUAAUUAAACCUGUAUAGGAAUGUGUGAAUACAUCACAUUAUAUUAUGUAUCUUGUAUUCUAUAAAUAAUCGAAACAGAAAUAAAAUAUCUUGCUUUUUA